AUGCUUCUGUCCUCAGUCGCCACGCUCUCGCCCUCUCGGAGCGUGGCCAGAUUCGCCGAGGUCUCACCGCUCCGGCUGCCGCUGGCACCCGCUGCGCCGGUCGGCGACUGGGCGGUGGACGGUUCACCCGAGUCCUGGCCGUCUGUUUCGGUGGUCAUGAUCAGCCACGAGAGGCGGCACUUCCUGCCACACGCGUUGGCCUCAAUCGCGGCGCAGGACUAUCCAGCGUCGCGACUGGAGGUCAUCGUCGUGGACGACUCGGCCGCGGCUGGCGCCGCUGGGUGGAGCGCCGUCAGCGCCUGCCCGGCGGCUGAGCAGCUGGAGCGGCUGCGCUUUCUUCACGCUCCGCCUGUCCCGCGGCGCGCUGCGCUCGGCGCGAAGCGCAACGCGGCGCUCAGCGUCGCGACGGGCGAGCUCGUCGCGGUCUGGGACGACGACGACUUCUACUCGCCGUGCAGGCUCCGCCAGCAAGCGGCGGCGCUGCGGUCCGGCGGCGGCGCCGACGUGUGCAUGCUCGACGACAGCGGCGACGAGCCUACGCUGCACUAUUUUGACGCCUCUCUUGGCGCCUUCUCCGCCGUGUCGCAUUCGCCGCUCGCGCAGCCGUGCGCGAUGAUGUGCCUCCCGCCAAAGAGGUACCGUCGCUCCCUCUGGGGCCGCGGUGCCUCUCGCUACCCGCCGGGCCGCGACACGGGCGAGGACCUCGUCUUUUUCGACGCGCUGCUCGCCCACGGCGCCAGGGUGGUCGGCUGCGAAGGCGCGCGCCGUGGCGUGCCGUGGGUCCGCGCGCGCCACGCGGCCAACGUGGUGGCGGACGCCUCGACCGCCGCGGCGCGCGAGGAGGAGGUGUCCGUCGACGAGGCGGUCGAGCGCACGCAGCUCGCGCCAGACACGGCCGCAUUCCUCCUCGCGCUGGCGGCGGCGGAGGACGCCGCAGCGACCCCUGCGGCGCGGCUGCUCGCUCGCGUGCGGCUGCUCGCGCCGCCCUCCGCCGCCGACGCCGCCGACGCAACCGCCGCCGCCACCGCCGCCUACGAGCCGCACCCGAAGCUGGCGCCGCUGCGGCGGCUGCUGGCGGCGGCACGCGAGUCGGCGGCGGCUGCAACACCGGGGGCGAUGUCGGCCGAGGCUGCGGCGCUCGGCGAGGUGUACCGACGCGCCGCCACCGACGGCGAGCUCCUCGAGGAGGGUGUCGAGCAGCUGCUGCGCCUGCUGCAGCCGGGGCCGGGGGCUGUCUUUUGCGACCUCGGCUCUGGGCGCGGCGAGGCGCUCCUGCACGUGGCGGCGCGGGGGAGGUAUCGCGGCUGCAUCGGUGUCGAGCUGCUCGAGGAGCGGCACAGCACGGCGGUGGGCUCGCUCGCCGCCGCGGUGGGUGACGGGCUACUGCCGUCCCCCGUGCGGCUCGUGCGCGGCGACCUCACCGAGUUGGGGGCGUGGGUGGAGCGGGAGAGGGCGGAGGCGGACGGGGCGGAGGCGCCGCGCCGGUGGAGCGGCGAGGCGCGGGACGGCGAGGAUGGCGAGGCGGUGCCGCUGCGCGACGUCAGCCACGUCUUUGCCUGCUCGGUCUGCUACGACGACGUGCUGCUCCGCUCGAUGGCGACGGCGCUCGGCGACGUGCGGCUCUUCCCGCGCUUCCAGCUGCUCGUCUCGCUGCGCGCGCUGCCUUCGCAGCCGCACCUCGUGCAGGUCGGCGAGGUGCAGCUCGUCACCUCGUGGAACGGCGGCGCCACCGCGCGCGUCUACGUGCCCACCGACCUGCUGGAGCGGCCCGACGACGCGUUGCCGCUGCCGGCCCUCUCGCAGCUGCUCUGCUCGGGCGGCGUGUGCACGCUGCCCUUGGGGCUGCAGUGGCCGAGGGACUCGAUCGUGCCACUGCCGCGUCUUUGA